AUGAUUAUGGUCCAUAACUGUUUUGAUCUGAAAACCCAUAUGUCAUGUCAUACACAACGUAUGGACUCAACGGGGAGCGCAAUUUCGUGGACAUUCCGUCAGUUGAUUGUGGGUCUAUUGGGAUGUAUUGGCUGUACAUUCCUCUAUGUGUUGCGAUCCAACAUAAGUGUUGCCAUCAUUGCAAUGGUUGAACCAAUUCAAGUGAUCCAUAUGUUCAACAACACCGGCACUCAAACUGAUGUUUGUUUCAAUACUUACAACAUUAGCACCAAAUCCAGGCCCACAUAUCACGGUCCUAAAUACCCAUGGAACGAAUCGGCACAGGGGCUGGUGUUGGGCGCGUACUUCUACGGCUAUACAGUGACACAGUUUUGCGGCUCAUAUGCGGACAAAUUUGGCGCCAAAUGGAUGACCGGUUUG